CCGGAGCUCCUAGCACGGCCCCGCCGCCGCGCGUUCCGGCACACGCCCCAGACCGCCGAGGCCUGUGGACCGGAAAGACCGAAAUGGUGAGGUGACCGGUGCCUCCCGACUGACUCUCACCGGAGCCCAGUCUUCCAUAGCCCGGGGUGAGACUUGUAAAACUGCCCUCUACGGUCAUCCCGGAAAGUAGGCGGCUUUUUUCUGCAGACGCUUAAGAAAGGAAAAGAAGGAAAGAAAAAAGAAAAAAAAAAAAAAAAAAAAACCCUUCCAUCCCCCAAGAACUGGGUUUGAAUUGCUUUUCAUCUGGAGUGGCAGUGAUUCAGCGACCCCCUUCUCAGCAGCAGGCAGUGACAGAGACAGGAGAGGAAACACACAGCGAAUGAAUCAGACACUAUGUUGGAAGGGGAAUUAUGAGUUAGGAAGCAAAGAGGGGGCCAAGCUAAGGGCAUUUCACAAGUUGAGCAACAGGCUGCCCACUCAGAAGCAUCACCCCACACCAUACGAAGAGAACCCAAAUUAACGAUUCCAGAGAUUCCAAACAACCAAUAAUAUGAAGAAGAAGCCAGUGUGGCAGAGGUGAUCUGGAUCCAAGAAGAAAUGGAAAAUGCCUAUAAUAAAAAACUCUUCUCUGAAGAGACCAACAAUAGCACAUUCAUCAGAAGCCAAGUUGGAGCCCAGGAAUAGACAACGGAAGCCCGGGCCCAGGGGCCCACAUUAGAGGAAAGAAAAGAGAAUUUUCUCCUAGCCAAGAUAAAAGGCAUGCAAGCCAGUCAGAAAACUUCGGUGGCCCUGCAGAGUGAACUUCAUGAGCCGGAAGAUAAAAUGAAGAAUCAAACACAAAGAAAAGAUACCCAAGACAGUCUCCUAAUGACACCGCGAUCUUUAGCACAUUUUUUUUCGACAGCAAAUUCAGAUCCAGCGCUGUCAUUUCCAUGGUCAUUAUCCUAUGAAAUGCCUCUUGAUUACACUCUGUCUAGCCCUCACUUUAGUGGACUAACUGUAUCAACAAUUGGGCAGAAGACUCCUAAAACUACAGGAGUGGGACUUUCCAGAUCAGAAAACAGCUUGGGAAUCAACAGCUCCAUAAUGACAAAGAGACAGGCUCUGCCAUACCUUGCUCCUGAGAUACCAGUAACUGGGGAAGGAGAAGAUUACUUCCUAUCUUUGUUUGGUGAUUCAAAGAAACUUCUUUCACACUCAUCCCCUGCAGAGAAAGCCUGGAAACACUUUUCUAUGAUUCUUGAAGAAGUAGGCCAAUCUAGAUCCAGUGCUCUUGGAGACAUUAAAAUAGCUGAAGUAAAUGUCAAGGGUUUAUUUGUGAAACUCAUUAACUCUUCCCUUGACAAAGAACUGGAGAUUGGAGGUCAUAUUCUCCAGCAAAAUGUGAAUGGACAAACAGUCUCUUUUUACCGCUUCCUUCCAAAUAUCACAAUGCAGGCCAAUUGCACAGUAACAGUGUGGGCAGCUGUAUCUGAAGCAAAGCAUCAGCCACCAUCAGAUUUUCUUUGGAGAGAAGAAAACAAGUUUAGAACAAGCCCAAACUGUACAACAAUUUUGUGCAAACCCAAUGGUGAAGCUGUUGCCUGGUACACUCCUAUUCACUGGAAGCAAGCGUGGGAGAAAUUAGAGACUGACAUUGAAUUUGACAGACGCUCAGUAGUAAGUCCAACAUCUCGAAGACACAUGUUUAGUUGGCCAGCAGCUAUGACUACAACUAAAGAAAAACAAGAUAAAUGUAAUAAAGAUAAUUCAAAAUGUCAGAUGGAGCAAGUUAAAGUUUUUCUUAAAAGAGAAAUUGAAAACCCACCAAGCCCCUUUCCCAAUAGCAGCCCUUGGUGCCACAGUCCCAGUGCCCCUGCACACCCCUACAGUCCUCUGAUUGAAACUUGCAGUAUGUGCGUGGCUGGAAGCAGCUUAGACAGACAGCCAAGGCCUCCGUCAUCCAGGCCUGAUCCAGCCCAGAUCACAUCUUCAUAUCCAGCCUCUGGAUUAUUUCUUUGUAAUCAAAUACUGGGAUUGUAACUUGAUAAUUCUUCUGCACUUUCAGAGAAACAGAAAGGAUUAGGGACCAAGAAAAAUAUGACAUCUGAGUUACAAAAGCAAGUAGACAAUCAACUCAACUUUUUUAAAGGACAAUAAAAUCCAAAUCUAGAGAAUACAAGGAUGCCCAACAUGUCACAGCCAGCCUUCUGCAAAGCACAGGAAGCCAGCUGCAAGCAAGAAAAUGCUUUCUUUUCGGAAAGAUAAUUCCUCCAGACUUUACAGUAACCAUUUCUUAAAGAAGGAAAUAAGAGUUUGUGGUCAAGUUAAACCAUUUUUUUUUCCAGGCUGUAAAGAAGAGAAACACAGGUCAAAAGGAAAACCACCCCAGUCUUCACUUUAUACACAUGGUGUUCCCCCACCACUAAUUUCUGUUCUAACCUGCCCAGCUGUUAAGUCUACUAUUCCACCAUUUCAGCAGAAGAAUUUUCCAAGAGCAUGUUUCAGGAAUUCUGAACCUGUGGUCUGUCUGAUUCUUUACACUUGCAAUCUGCUCUAUCUCAUUAAAACAUGGAUUAACUGAGCUUUCUAAUAACUAGAAGUAGUAGUUGAAGUUUCCAUGUUGUAACUAGUUGGGAGUUCUUAAAAUUGCCUACACUUACCUCAAAUUCAUCAAAAAUAGUGUCUUCUAGCUGCAGUAUUAUGUACAAAAUCCCAUGGAUGCAAAAUGCCAAGAAUGUUUCAACUAAAUUAUCUGGUAGAGCACUUGUUUUUCAACCACUCUUAUUCCUUAUUCUUUAGCAAUCUUAUUCUAUACCCAUCACAAGAAUAGAAUUUGAAAAAUAAUGAAAUUUGCUCAUUUGUAAUGUUGACUCUGCGUAGUCAGAAGGUAUGAUUGCUUCAGUCUCUGAGAAAUGCAUCCAAUCUAUAUCAUGUAAACCUACUUAAUUUAACUUACAUUGAUUUAUGUGUAUUUAUAUAGCAUAUGAAGAAAGAUGGGACACAUACAGUCCUGUAAUGUGAAGAGCAAGAAAAGUAAGGAAUUUUCCCAGUAUCUGUUUAAAAAAAUAGAGAAAAGCAAAAUAACCCCAAAACCUAUCCAGUGGUGACAUUGAAUUUUGUUUUAUUACAUCCAAACACCAAAAUCUAAAAACACUUCAUUUUUUAAAAGUCAUAUACCAAGGGACUCAAACAUAUACUGGGAUACCAACGUUCAUAGCAGCAUUAUUCCCAAUAGUCAAAAGGUGGAAACAAUGUAAGUGUCCAUCAACAGAUUAAUGAA